AGACUUCCUCUGCGACCCCAAUUCCUCUGUACAUUCUUCUCUUUUUUUAUAUCUUCUAAUACUAUACAUUCACAAUGGGCAAGAAGGCUCCCGCUACUUUCGCUCCUGGUAAGGAUUUAUUUUCCCCUGUUGUUUCCCUUUGCUUCACCACCCGGAGGUCUUCUACCAUUUACGGCCGCCAACACGGUGGCCUGGAGAGCUUCAGGGCUUUUGGAUGAUGGCUGUCUCCGGUGGAAAGCAUUGGUUUUCUCCAGCUCUCGUGUGCUCGUCGCGACGAGGUACUUUUACGGUCAUUGCGUUAUUCCACAACAUUACCAAACAAGAACAAUUAAAGGAAUCGAGAUAGCCACAGGAUGACUAGCGUCGAUACUCUUUGUUUCCUCCCUGCGAUCGAUGUGCGCGAGGCUGAGCUGGAGGCGUUCGACAAGGCCAAACAAACCGCUAACAUGUUACUUCCUUCAGGUGACUCCGCCAAGGGUGCUAAGCUCUUCCAGACUCGCUGCGCACAGUGCCACACCGUCGAGCAGGGUGGCCCUCACAAGGUUGGCCCCAACCUCUUCGGUCUCUUCGGCCGUAAGACUGGCUCUUCCGAGGGUUACGCCUACACCGACGCCAACAAGCAGGCCGGUGUUGAGUGGGGUAACGACACUCUGUUCGAAUACCUCGAGAACCCCAAGAAGUACAUCCCUGGUACCAAGAUGGCCUUCGGUGGUCUCAAGAAGCCCAAGGAGAGAAACGACCUCAUCACCUACCUCCAGGAAUCCACCAAAUAAACGAUUAUGUCUACAUAAAAAAUUAUUCUCAUGUUCUCGACCCCGUUCGCGGAGCGCUCUGUGGUAACAGCAGUUUUGGCGCGAUCCGAUGGACAGGGCAUGUA